ACCUGUUCCUGUGGCUGCUUCUGGUUUCUUUUCCUGUCCAGGUUCACUCCAGAAGAAAAAAAUAUAUAUUAAAAUUUGAACCCUUUAAACAGUUAAAAGAAUUUUAUUAGAACCACAGACAGAACAGAGAGAGAGAAAAGAAAAAGUCGGAAACUUUAGUUAAAGAUUGUGUCUUCGGAUACUGUUUUUUAAGAAGACAAUGAUGAUGAUGAUGGAUGGCGUUGUUUUUAAACUUCCAUCAAUUAAACUCCUAAAUCCUAAAUCCACAACUCAUUCUUCUCCAAUUAGAUUAGCCAAAUUCUCUUCUUUUGCUAUACCAGCAUUAGCUACAACUGGGACAGAAGGAGAUCAGGCUCUUCACGCUUCUUUAUCUCUUGGCCACAUCACUAGACCUGAUUUCCCAAUUCUCCAUCAGGAGGUAAAUGGAUCAAAACUUGUCUAUCUAGAUAAUGCUGCAACAUCCCAGAAGCCUAAUUCUGUAUUGAAGGCUAUACAGAAUUAUUAUGAAUCUUAUAAUUCUAAUGUUCAUCGAGGAAUUCACUACUUAAGUGCAAAAGCAACUGAUGAGUAUGAGUUGGCUAGAAAGAAGGUGGCAGCUUUCAUAAAUGCGUCAGACUCUAGAGAGAUUGUUUUUACUAGGAAUGCUACUGAAGCCAUUAAUCUCGUAGCUUACAGUUGGGGCUUUACGAAUUUAAAACCAGGAGAUGAGGUUAUACUCACACUUGCUGAGCAUCACAGUAAUAUUGUUCCCUGGCAACUUGUAGCUAACAGAACUGGUGCCGUCCUGAGAUUUGUAGAUUUAAAUGAAAAUGAGGUUCCUGAUGUACUGAAGUUAAAAGAAACAAUCUCAGAGAAGACAAAACUUGUAGUUGUUCAUCACAUCUCUAACGUUCUUGCUUCUUUCCUUCCUGUUGAAGACAUAAUCCAUUGGGCACAUGGUGCUGGAGCAAAAGUGCUUAUAGAUGCAUGUCAAAGCGUACCGCACAUGGUGGUUGAUGUCCAGGGGCUGGAUGCUGAUUUCCUUGUUGCUUCUUCUCACAAGAUGUGUGGGCCCACAGGCAUCGGAUUCUUAUAUGGUAAAAGUGAUAUCUUGUCCACAAUGCCUCCAUUUUUAGGUGGUGGAGAAAUGAUCGCUGAUGUAUUCUUAGAUCAUUCUACUUAUGCAGAUCCUCCAUCAAGAUUUGAGGCAGGAACUCCAGCAAUUGGAGAAGCAAUUGGGCUAGGAGCAGCAAUUGAUUAUUUGUUAGGAAUUGGCAUGCAAAAGAUUCAUGACUAUGAGUUGUUCAUUGAUUUGCAGAUGGAGUUGGCUAAUUAUCUGUAUGAAAGCCUUAGCUCUGUCCCCAGUGUUCGUAUCUAUGGUCCAAAACCUUCAGAAAAUGUUCAUCGAGCAGCUCUCUGUUCCUUCAAUGUUGAGAAUAUUCACCCAACUGAUAUUGCAACUUUUUUGGAUCAACAGCAUGGAGUGGCUAUCAGAUCAGGUCACCACUGUGCGCAACCUCUUCAUCGGCAUUUAGGAGUAAAUGCAAGUGCACGCGCUAGUCUCCAUUUCUACAACACUAAAGAGGAUGUUGAUGAUUUCAUCCAGGCACUCAAUGACACAAUCAACUUCUUCAAUUCUUUCAAGUAAUCUCUUAAGUUUCUCAUAUAGCUUCCCAUGUACUGCACUAUGCAACUUUAUUUCUCCUUGCAUUAAUGGUUUCCCACUUUUGCUUGCUCUUUGAUGAGUGCUGUACAACAAACCCAUAUUGUAAAUCAAAAUCAUUAUUUACUUGCUGGAAAGAUUGUACAUUAUCUUAAAGAUCUAAUAAAGUGACUGGAUAUAGUGGUUUUA